GGCGUCUUCUCCCUCUCCAGAGGCCCCUUGAGAGACGCAGUCUCGCGCACAAAGAACGACCAUUUGUCGUGUCAGCAGCAGCAGCGUCAGUCUCGUGAGAGGAGUGCCCCUUGAGAGAAAGAUCACGUCCUGCUGACAUUUGAGAGCCCAUCCACGUCACCGCUCGUCACCGCUCGUGUCAACGUCUCGCCGCACGACCGUCUCAGGAUGUUGCGGUCCCCGUUUGUCAGUGACGCGAGUCACUCGCUGAAGCCGGAUGCCCCCAUCUCCUCGGGUCGCCAGCUGCGAUGGCGACGCAAGGCGGCGUCCGCUCACACGAGCACGGUGGGAGGCUUGGGCAUGCCAGCCCCCCCUGGCGCCCGCAGCAGCCGCAGCAGCCGCAGCAGCAUCAACAGCAGCAGCAGCAUGAUGGCGGUGUCACCAAUGAAGGGGACUUGCCGCACCAACACUGCGCCAGGACGCACUCGCGUCUCCAAGUGCCGGAAAAUGCCCGGGGCCAAGGGCAAGAGCUCACCUGGUCGCGCCCGCCGCACUCCCCAUGGCGAGCUCGGUGACCGAUUCAUCCCGGUGCGGAACAGCGAGAAUAUGGAGGUGGCACGCUACCUCGUAUCUCGAGAAGAAACAGCAUCUCCACUGAAGAAGAAGCAGGCAGCGAUGAUGCAUCUGCUGAGCGGCGUGGAUGUGGAGAAAGCACGAAUCUUACGUUACCAGGGACGCGUACCCGAGGGCUGCAGCGGCUCCACACAGCAGGCGCUGUGCUCCAUGCCGGGCUACACGCCGCUCUCCCUGCUCAAGAAGAAGCGGCGCGUACCCACGCAGCCCGCACGGGUGAUGGACGCGCCGGGCGUCCGCAAUGACUUCUACCUCAACGCGCUGGACUGGAGCGUGGACAACGUGGUGUGCAUGGCGCUGGGCCGCCUGGGGACGUUCCUGUGGGACGCGGCAACGGGGACUGUGACCCAGCACAUGGAGGCCUGCAACGAGAUGGAGGGGCGGUACUACCCCUCGUCCGUCUCGUGGGUACCAACCAGCGGCAACUUCCUCGCCAUAGGAACCAGCUUCAACACCGUGCAGAUCUGGGACGUGGAGCGCCGCAAGCGUCUCAGGAGCCUGUCGGGUCACGUGGGGCGUGUGAGCUCCCUGUCCUGGAACGGACACCUCCUGGCAAGUGGGUCCCGCUCGGGAGAGAUCCGCCAGGACGACGUGCGGGUGGCGCGGCAUCACGUGGCCUCGCUGAGCGGCCACGCGCGGGAGGUGUGCGGCCUGGCCUGGUCCCCCGGCGGACGCCUGCUCGCCAGCGGAGGCGACGACAACAGGCUCCUCGUGUGGGCCAGCGGCAGCACGUCCCCGGCACCCCUCCACUCCCUCAAGGAGCAUACGGCCGCCGUGAAGGCGCUCGCGUGGUGCCCCUGGCAGGCGAGUUUGCUGGCGAGCGGAGGUGGAAGGAACGACCACCACAUCCGCCUGUGGAAUGUCAACACGGGAGUCUGCUCCAAAGCAGUGGACGUUGAGUCUCAGGUGUGCUCCGUGUUGUGGUCGAGCGAGCACAGGGAGCUGCUGUCCGCCCACGGCCACCCCAAGAACCAACUCGCUCUGUGGGCAUACCCGGCGAUGGUGCCCGUCGCCCAGCUCCUAGGACCCACACAGCGCGUGCUGCAGGCUGUCGCGAGCCCCGACGGUUCCUCGGUGAUGUCGCUCGCUGCCGAUGAGACUCUGCGCCUGUGGCGCUGCUUCCAGGUGGACGAGUCGCGCAAGAAGCAGCAGCUGGGGGGCACCGCUACGGGGAGGCUCUCCCAGAGCUUGCGCUAGUCCCGUAGUCCCCCCCUUGCCGACAGCCCACUGGCAACAACUCCUAGCGACCUUCUUGGCUCUUUCGGUAAAGUCACCACGUAGAAGGGAAAUAAUACAAUAAUAAAAAAUCA